AUGGUUAAUGGGUAUCUGCAAAAUGAGCAUUAUGUUGAGAGUAUCGAGUUAUUUAAGAUUAUGGGUCGGUGUGAUUUGGAGUUUGAUAGUUAUACUUGUAAUUUUGCUCUUAAGGCGUGCACGUUCUUACUGGAUUAUGAAAUGGGGAUGGAAGUGAUUAGAUUAGCUGUGUAUAUGGGGUGGGAUCGAGGUAAGUUUUUAGGAAGUUCAAUUUUGAAUUUUUUAGUGAAAACUGGUGAUAUUAAGGGUGCACAAAAGUUUUUUCAUCAAAUGCUUGGAAAAGAUGUUGUCUGCUGGAAUGUGAUGAUUGGUGGGUUCAUGAAGGAAGGCUUGUAUAGUGAAGGUUUUAGUGUGUUUCUUGAUAUGCUUUUUAGCGGAAUUGAACCUACUGCUGUGACCAUGACAAGCCUGAUUCAAGCCUGUGGGGAGACAGGAAAUGUAGAGUUUGGAAAAUGUAUUCAUGGCUACAUUCUUGGAUUUGGAAUGAGUAGUGAUACAAGGGUGCUUACCUCAUUGAUUGAUAUGUAUUGUAAAACGGGUGACAUCAAAACUGCUCGAUGGAUUUUCAAUUCCAUGCCCUUGAGAAAUUUGGUGUCUUGGAAUGCUAUGAUUUCGGGUUACGUUCAAAAUGGUUUGCCUCUCGAAGCAUUAAAUCUCUUUCGGAUGUUGGUUACAAGUGAUGGAGGUUUUGAUUCAGCUACCAUUGUUAGCCUCCUCCAGGUUUGUUCUCAUGCAGUGGAUUUGGAUGGCGGGAAGAUUCUCCACGGUUGCGUCUAUCGAAGUGGACUUGAUUUGAAUUUGAUUUUGUCUACCGCAAUUGUUGAUCUUUAUGCUAAAUGUGGAUCCUUGGCAUAUGCAUUUUCAUUUUUCCAGAGAAUGAAAAGUAAGAAUGUGAUAUCAUGGACUGCCAUGCUUGUGGGAUUGACACAGAAUGGGCAUGCUAGAGAUGCCCUGAGGUUAUUUAAUCAGAUGCAAAACGAGAAGGUUAGUUUCAAUGCUCUUACCUUAAUUAGUUUAAUGCACUGCUGCACGCUCCUCGGCUCAUUAAAUAAAGGGAGAAGUGUGCAUGCUAUCUUGAUUCGUUUCGGUUUUUCUUCUGAUGCUAUCGCUACGACAGCCCUCAUUGAUAUGUAUGCAAAGUGCAGCAAAAUAGACUCAGCUGAGAAGGUAUUCAAGUAUGGUUUUUUUACACCCAAGGAUGUGAUUUUAUAUAACUCAAUGAUUUCGGGCUAUGGAACUCACGGUCUUGGACAUAAAGCACUGUGCGUCUACCGUGAAAUGGAACGAGAGGGACUUCAGCCAAAUGAGAGCACUUUUGUUUCCCUGCUAUUUGCUUGUAGCCAUUCAGGCCUGGUGGAAGAAGGAGUCUCUUUGUUUAGCAGUAUGAAGAAAGAUCAUAACAUAACGCCUACUGAUAAGCUUUACGCUUGUUUUGUUGAUCUUUUGAGUCGAGCAGGACGUCUUCGGCAAGCUGACGCAUUGAUCAAUCAGAUGCCAUUCAUUCCAACCAGUGGUAUACUUGAAACUCUGCUGAAUGGAUGUCUGAUGCACAAGGACAUUGAAUUGGGUGUAAAAAUUGCUGACAGAUUACUCUCCUUGGAUUCUAAAAAUUCCAGCAUCUACAUUACCCUGUCGAAUAUAUAUGCCGAAGCAAGGCAAUGGGAUUCAGUAAAGUAUGUUAGAGGACUCAUGCUCGAGCAGGAGCUCAAAAAGAUUACGGGAUAUACCUCAAUUGAAGUAAGUCUAGAGUGCAUGAAUGAGAGGCCUUAUCGAUAG